AUGACCGUACAUGUCAACGACAAUCUACAGGUUAUUGCCAAAGGCAGUUGCACGACUUGCGUCUUCACAGGUGCCGCCGCUUCUAUCCUAGACGCUCCAGAAGCUGGCAUUUGGGAAGAAGUCUUAGCGGCCCAUAUAGAUCUCGUGCAGGCAGCUAGAACACCUUCAGGGUUCACUAGCACUAAGUACGGUCGUCUACCACACGCCUUUCCUGCAGCGCUGCAAUUCCAAGGGGAAGGCUUGAUCUCUGAUUGCUUAGUUGGUCGUGCUCGUCGGACAGAACCGGGGGUUUCUACAGAAUUGGAUACCUUGUUCGGAGAAGAUGAGCACGCCGUCACUGACUAUGCUAGCGCCGGCGAGUCAUGA